GUUGACCUACCAGCCAGGCCAUGGCACCCCACCCCACUGCCUUUGGGUGUAGGUAUAAAAACGCCAGCCUUCAGUGGCUGCAGAGGCUGUCUGCAGGACACGACAGGGUGCAGGAGAGAGUCACCAUGCAAGUGCUGACCAAGCGCUACCCCAAGAAUUCCCUGUUGACUGUCAUGGAGCGCUACUCGGCCACUGUACACAAUAUGGAGCAAGUGGUACUCAUGCCCAGCCUGCUGCGGGAUGUGCCGCCCAACACAGGCCCCGACCUGCACCGCUGCUUCACCAUGCUCAAGGCCAUCUGUGUGGAUGUGGAGCAUGGCCUGCUGCCCCGUGACAAGUGGCAGGCCCAGAUCACCGAUGGCGAUGCUGCCCAGGAAUCAGAGGCAGAGGUGGAGGAAGAGGCUGGGGAGGAGAGGCCUGACCUGGAGGCCCAAUUCCAUCUGCACUUCUCCAGGCUCCACCACAUCCUCACACACCUCACUCUCCGAGCUGAGGAGGUGACUCAGAGAUACAAGGAGAUCACAGGGCAGGCUGUGUAGUGUUGAAUUCCUGGCAAGAUCACUUAACAGAAGGACACGAUGCAGUCCCUGGGCCUAAAUGGGAUCCAAAAGUCUUGGGCCUGCAGCUGGAAGAGAACAUUUGGUGGUCCAGGUGGCUUCUCUCCAUGAGCACCGAUCUGAGGACUCUUCACUGGGUCACCUUGUUGCUUAUUGUACUUCCCCUGGCUCCCCUUAGCAGGUGGUGGUAGCCCAUGGUUCAUGAUGCUACUUUUACCAGGCUGGCAUGGUAGAACAGAGACCUGAGCAUCUGACCAAGCAAAGUUCACAUUCCUUUUCCUGGCAGUUGCUCACUGUGGUCUUGGGCAAGUUGCUUACCUUAUUGGAGACUAAAUUUCCUUAUCAGCAAAAUGGGAACAGUGUGACCUACCUCACAAGGUUGUUAAUGAAAAUUAAUAUGUUAGGUCAAAGGCACCCACCAUGUGAGAGCUAUCAUUAUGGCUGGCUUUUCCUCCCAGCAUCUGUACUUGCUCUCACCCUCGUUUUUCAGCUUCCAAAUUUAAGGGGUAGCAGAGUUCCUGGGGACUAGUGGUUUCCCCUCUUGUACUGCCAACUACAGAUGAGGCUGGGCAAGGGUGAACUGUAAACCCAUUAUUAUAGCAUCAGUAAAGACAUACUUUCCUGUGUGGCCCAGGAGAUGGUGCAGUGGAGAAAGCAUUGGACACUCAAGCAUGAGGUCCUGGGUUCAAAUCCUCUUGUUAAUAAAAAGAAAUAAUACCCUG